CCCAAACAAACCCCAAGUAAAAAAAAAAUCAAACCAAAUUCCGAUCCGAAAUUCCGAAUAACCGACUAGCAGAAGGAAAGAGAGAAGUGAGAAUUGAAAAUGAGAGGACACCACAGGCGGCGGCGAUCACCGGCGGCUUCAGUGGAAUUCGGCGAUGGAGACAGGGAUAGCGAGGACGAAGAAGAAGGCUUCGGAGAUUCGGCGAUUAUGAAGUGCUUAUCGUGCAAGGAGGAUUACUGCGCUCGCGAGGCCGGCACCUGCCGGGAGUGCUACGAGGAGGCCAGCGAGACGGAGGAGGAGCUCAAGCGCGAGAUCGAGGAACUCAAAGCUAAAGUCAACUUCCUCCGGUUCUGGUCUCCGUCCGAUCCUCACCAUUUUCUUAACAUCUCGUUUCCUCAGCGAGGCCCGCCCCCUCCAUAUUCGACCCCCUGCUUUUCCGACGUUGUUUUGGUCGCCGCCACUCCCGGCAGUGUAGAAUCUGGAAAGAACGCCGCACAGCCAGUUCCCGUCCCGGCCCAUCGGGCCGUCCUUGCUAGUCGGUCCCCAGUGUUCAGAGCCAUGCUGGAGAAUGAGAUGGAAGAAAGCCUCAGCGGCACAAUUAAAAUCAGCGACGUAUCAUACGACGUCCUCCGUUCGUUUGUCAAUUACAUGUACACUGCUGAAACUUGCCUAGACGAAUGCAUGGCUUUCGACCUAUUGGUUUUGGCUGAAAAGUACGAAGUGAAACAUCUCAAGACGUAUUGCGAAAAGUUUCUCAUAUCAAAGCUGAACUGGGAGAACUCACUUCUGAACUAUGCUUUUGCCCACCAACACAAUGCAAAGAGUUUAGUGGAAGCAGCCCUGGCAUUGAUCAUGGUCAACAUGGACAAGCUUAGCAAGCGCGAAGAGUACACUGAGCUCGUUGAAAAGGACCCCAGGCUUGUUGUGGAACUCUACGAAGCUUAUUUGUGCAAACAGGUCAACACCGCACUUCGCACUGAUCCUCCUGCAAAAUGACAGCAUGCUUAUUAAUUAUAAGAAUAUAUAUAACAUGUUCUCAAUAUUUUCUUUUUCUUUAAUGUAUACCGAACACCUACAUGUUGUACAUACAAAUAUUUAAAGCUCUCACUUGCAUUAGUCCACAACGACCCACCACAUGUUGAAUACAAGCCCUACCUAGUUGGACAUUUUUGCCCAUCAAUCCAUACGCCUGUAAAUUUUUUCAUUUUUUUGAGUCAAAACUGAUUAAUUUUUAUCAUCAACGUACUGAAUAAAAAUUAUAUUGCAUAUAUUUACAUAAUAAAAUACUACUCCCACCUUCAUUAAAAGAAAUCGUUGCUCCAUUUUUUACCAAUCUCAUAAAAUACUUCUGUUUUU